AUGCUAUCUGACUGGGAUUCGUCAGUAGAGACCACGACGACAUCCGGAGCUCUCACGCCGCCCACUGGGUUGGCUUCAACAUGGUGUAACUUCAUGCCUCCGACCACUUCCCAUAGCAAUGUCCUGGAACACGAUCUUUCACAAACACCACUAUCAUCUGAUAUAUUAUCGAUGGAUCCGGUACUAUUGGAAAGCAUCGCAUUCAGCUUGGAACAAUUCCCACCAGAGCCAAAUUCUAUGACCCUUGGAUUUUCAAUGGACGGGUUUACAACGAAUACUAUCGACUCGAACACUCUCCACGUGCCUUCAGCUGUCCCAAUGAGAGUUUCAGAUAAUCAAAGGAGCCUUAAUGUCAACAACGAGUUGCUUUCAUCACUCGAGACAGGCACAUAUUAUUCGCCUUUGCCUUCAAAUACGAAUCAGUUGCUGGGUGUUCGCGGGCCCCAGCAGUUCACACCUUCUCCCGACUACGCGACAGCCUUCGGUUUACCAGAACCUGAAUAUCUGAAACCAGGAUCACAAAGCAAAGCACCCACAGAAGUCUCGACUAGGAGUGUUUCGCCUUCGUCUCAAGACUCGGAUGGGGGCCGUCUUCAAGAGAAGCGGCGUCGAAACAAGUUGGCUGCCCGGAGAUUACGCCAGAAGAAAAUGGAUCAAAUGUCCGAUCUCGAAUCAAAACUGGAAGAGAUGACAAGGGAAAGAGAUGAGCUGCGAUUGAAGGCAGCCAAAUGGGAGGGAGAAGUGAUGGUAUUACGACAAUUGCUUGGGAAAGAGAGUGGCAAAUAA